AUGGACUAUUUUAAUAGUACAUGGGAAAAUGUGACGGACACGAUAGUUCAGUUUUCUCGACUUCCUCCCAAGUUGUCAAGAAUUGAGGGAAAUAUAAUUGCGAUUUAUCUUCUUGUCGUGGGGGUUUUGUCACUGAUAGGAAAUGGGAUUACAAUUGUGGUCAUCUGUCGAUUCCAAAAACUCCGAACCACUGCAAACUUCUUAAUCGCUAAUUUGGCAGCAGCAGACUUAGCCAUUACCAUUUUCACAUUUCCUUUCUCCAUCAUCUCGCACUUCUACAAUGGGUGGCCGUUUGGGGCAGACGUCUGUCGGUGGUAUGGUUUUAACAGUGUGUUGUUCGGACUUGGCAGUAUCGCGUUUCUGGCUGCUAUAAGUUGUGAUAGAUACCUCGUGACCUGCAGGCACGAAUUAUAUUGCGACUUUGGUAAACGCCAUUACUUUAUCGUUAGCAUAUUGCUGUGGACCAAUUGCACGAUUUGGGCAGCAGCGCCUUUCAUGGGAUGGAGUUGUUACGAUCUGGACGAUACGGGUGUGCUAUGCACCGUAUCCUGGACAUGUAACGGAAGAGCAGCGUUUUCGUCCUUCGUUUACUCUGUGGCUUUAGUCUGCUACAUCUUGCCAUUUUGUGUCAUCGUAGUGUGUUACAGGAAGACCUAUUUGUUCAUUAAAUCAGUCGGCGCCGGGGGUUCUCAGGAAAACAUCGAAUGGACACACCAAAAACAGAUAACUAAGAUGUGUAUCGUUGCAGUUGCUCUCUUUCUCGUUGCAUGGACGCCAUUUACGAUAUACUAUGUAGUUGUAUCGAUAACAGAAGCUGGAUCCCUGCCCGCCUUAUUCCAUGUCGUGCCAGCUGUUUUUGCCAAAUCCUCCACAUGUUACAAUCCAGUAGUGUACGCCAUCAUCAAUAAAAGAUUCCGAGUUGCAAUUCAAAAGACAAUCAUGUGUGAAAAGAACGUGAACGACCUAGACUGCAUACCAAUGAGGAGGAUUUCGCAAUAAACGCCUGAUGUUUCCCGGUAGACUGCAUACCAACGAGGAGGGUUUCACAAUACACACCGUUUCCCACUCCUGAGGGGGCGUUGGCGAUUUGAUCACCAUCUUUCUUUUGUGUCUGUAUUAACAUGCAACAUUUCGAACACAGCGAAGUUUGAUGUCAAAAAAAUUGUAUAAAUGUACCUGUAUUUUUUGAGAUAGAAAAUUAUAGCAUGUAUUGUUGAUUAUUUGUUGUAUGCAUACAUCUAGUCAACUUUUCAAUACUAAAAUAUUAAAUUGUAAACGGUUUACUGUAGAUUAGAUAAAUAGUCAAUUGCUGAUUUAAAGCUUGCAAAGAAGACAAAACCUAAGAUUGAACGUAAACUUAUUGAUUACAUUUUAAAUAUGUUUACAAAAAAGUCACCUUUCUUGAUUUAUACACACUGAUUUGACACAUCCACAGAAUCACAAAGAUGUAUCAAAAGUAGGUAUCACAAAACAGCUACUAGUAUUUUGUUUUAUUUUUCAAACGGGUACUAAUAUUUUCUACUUGGGACCUUUUCAAAACUAUAUUUGAUUCCAUUACCAAUACCUAUUUAGGUCAAAGUUUAAUGAACACGGUAUAUUUGAAUUCUUCUAAGAUUCUAAAUCCCAAAUGUUACUGAGUACAGUAUCUAUAUCCUCCCGAAUCUAACUUCUUUAAAUUCAAUUUGACUAAGGGAAAUUCCUUCGCCUUCCAUUUUCCUUGUUUCGAAAAAUAAAUUGAAAACUUGUGUAAGAGCCUUUUUAUAGAAACACCACUGUUGAGUAGAUGAAUGCUGUCGUCUUACUUGUUGUCUGACUGAAUGCUGUCGUCUGACUGUUUAGAGCACUUUCAUUGCUAUAUUUUUAACAGCGGAAUACCUGAAUGUUUCAAUCAACGGGAGACUCAUUAAGAGGAUUGUUAUGAAAAUAAGAUAGAUAGCUCGAUUGUUUUUGCCUUCGGCCCUCGGUGAAGAUGUUUUCUCUGAACUAUUUAUUUAACACCAUCUCGUUAUUAAUUUAUUACUUAACAUUUUUAUAUCAAAUGUUUUACCUUCGAUAUCUUUACCAAUUGAAUUGAUAUCCAUUUUCUCACAAAUGUGAGCGGUGUGCGUAUGAAUCUGGAUAAAUACAGUACGACUAUUUUACCGAUUGUGCGAAUGAAUCUGGAUAAAUACAGUA